CGGCUGGCCGUGCUGCGGCGGCUCUGGGUGCUCACCGUGCUGGGGCUCCAGUUCGUCUUCGAGCUGCUGCUGUGCCACAAGCUGGCAGAGGGCACGCGCGAGCUCUGGUACGGGCUGGUCAUGGCGCCCGUCUUCAUCCAGCUGCAGCUGCUGCUGCUCCGCGCCUGCCGCGUGAACUGA